UUUUUCUGCAAGUGCUGCAGAUGAGGGAAAUGUUCGAAUGUUGAACAAUGAAAACAUCCCAGUCGUCCAAUGAUUUCUUUGGUGUGAACGUCCAGAAAUAGGAGUUCUCACUACCCCUUGGACCAGCAGAAGCUGUGACUCACACUGCCUCAAAUUUUUAUCGGCCGAUGUUCAAGUCUGAGCGUCCGUUCCAGGAUUUUUUGAAUUAGAAGUUGACAAUUUCAGACGCUUUCAUUCAGGAAUUUCAUUGUCUGCACAAUCGCCUGAGAGCCAGUGCUGGAGUGGAAGCAGUAGCUGAAGCUGAAUUUAGUGUAUCCUGCUCUGUGCUGGAAACUAUUGACCGUCUCUGCUCGGCCUUGGUUUGUGCGCCAGAAAUCCAUUAGGAUUUUCCAGGUGCAAAUAAUAAUUUGCGGAGUUUAUCAAUAAUUUUGCAGCUGAUCCCGAUCGUGUCGUUGGACACUCAGCUAUUCAGUGCUAAAGCAACAGUGGUGAUAUUGGUGUGGUCAGGAGGAAACAGCUAGCACCAUGUUUCCCGCAAUCAGCGAUUAUCAGAAGAUUGGCAUUGGCUUGUCGGGAUUCGGCAUCGCUUUCAUCUUCCUCGGCGUGCUGAUGAUGUUCGACAAAGGUCUGCUGGCCAUGGGUAACAUUCUGUUUCUGGCUGGCCUGGGAUUUGUCAUCGGCCUGGAGCGGACGUUUCGUUUCUUCUUCCAGAAGCACAAGCUGCGCGGUUCUGGCUGUUUCUUCGGCGGGAUCUUGAUCGUGCUGCUUGGCUGGCCGAUCAUAGGUAUGUGUGUGGAGGCGUACGGCUUCUUCAUUCUCUUCAGCGGCUUCUUCCCAGUGGUGAUCAACUUCCUUCGUCGUAUCCCGGGCAUCGGCAACCUGCUCAAUUUGCCCGGCAUUCGCACUGUUGUCAAUAAGCUGAGCGAGAGUCCCUCCAUGGUCUAGUGGUGUCGUGUAGGUUGUAGCUAGGCUCACGGCUGCAUCUUCUGCUAACCCACCGCCGCCGCUUGCAAUUUCAUCCGCAACCCGGCACUGUGCGUGUGUGUGUGUGCGUUUGUGCGCGCGAGCAUGCAUGCACAUGUGUGUGUGUGUGUGUGUGUGUGUGUGUGUGUGUGUGUGUGCAUGUGUGUGUGUGUGUGUGUGCGUUUGCGCGCGCGAGCGUGCAUGCACAUGUGUAUGUGUGUGUGGUGUGUGUGCGGGUGUGUGCGGGUGUGUGCACGCAUAUUGAACGAGAAUUGAUCGAGGUGUGCGAGCCAGUCUGGCUCUCCGCACCGUCCCAUCCCCCCUAUUUAUGAUGGUGUGUUCCGCCGUUUCUUGAGGCGGGUGCAUUCUGAACUCGAUCUCGGAGCAAACACCGAUUCGAUGUGCCCACUGCUUGGGCCUAUGCAUCGGAGAGCGGCCCUCUCAAGCCGCCCAUACUGCUGUGUGCUGUGACAAAAGCCACUGGCAGAGAAAUCCAGCCUGAUGAAAAGAGUAGCGCCGCGUUCGAGUUCACAGACCAGUAUGUGUAGUGCUAGGGCUGCGUAGCGCCCGGCAAUGCUAUUUUAUUCAUGAGGUGUUGGAUUUCUUUGGCCAGCACUGUAAUUGAACCACUGUUCUGAUCCCAAAGCUGGUCUUGCUGCAUUGCAGGCCCUAUGUCGUAUGUCGGUCUGCUGUGUGUGCUUCUCUGCUAAUAGUUUUACUCACUGGUUAUUUGGUAGCAGUGGUAAUUUGUACAACCUUGAUUUUAAAUUCUUUCAACUAGAUAUUGUGCUGUUUGGCUGUGAUUAUUAUAUAUAUUUUUUGUUACCCGGAUGUUUCCAGAUCA